AAAAAGUCUCUUCUGUUUUGUGGGGUCGGCACUCGGAGAAACUGUUCAUCUCCCCAACCGGGAAACCUGCCAACCUUGAGGGAUUCCCUCCCCAGUCUCCCCAAAUGCCCAUACGUUCAGGUUUUUUCACUUAGGGUUUAACUUCACAGAGAGAGAGAGAGAGGAUAUGGUGGAACGGCGGGAAAUUCCCAACUUCUCGGAGAGUUCUCCUCAGUUCUGCAAAGUCUAUGUGCCUGAUCUGUCCUCUCACCGACUGGGAAUCCCGCCACAUUUUCUGAAGCAUUUCACUGGAGUUUUCCCGUACAAAUCGACAAUCACUACUCCGGAAAAAAGAUCAUGGCAUGUAGAACUGAAAGCGGUCGAUGAACAUUUGUAUUUCCAAGAAGGUUGGCAGCAAUUUGUGCAUGACAAUUCCUUAGUUUUCGGAGACUUUCUCAUAUUCUACUAUGGUGGCAAUGCACAAUUCUAUACCACGAUAUACGGGAAAAAUGGUUCUCAAAAAACGGUUAGCAGGCCUGCUAGGGAGAUUGACAAAGAAAUCACACAUCCCCAAGACAAUCAAACAGUUGAGCGAAGGAAGUCUAAACGACCGGCACAAGGAGCCAAUGGCGACGAAAGUGCUCAGAAAGAUUUGCGUCCGACAUUUUCAUCGGCGACUCAAGAGCACACUCGUAAAGAAGCCAGCAAAUUCGUUUCUGAAUUUCCAUUCUUCGAAGUAGUUAUGAGCCCUAGUUACAUCAAAAAAGGGCUUAUGAAUAUACCAUCAAGCUUCCGCAACAAGUACAUGGAGAAAGAUAGACAAUGCGUAACACUUGUUGCUUCAGAUAGGUCUUGGCCUGUGAAAACUGACAAAACCGGACAAAAGUUCUAUCAUGGUUGGUCCGCAUUUUGUAGGGAAAACGCACUUAAAGUCGACGAUGUUUGUGUUUUUGAACUAAUUGAGAGAAAUGAUUUUGUACUGAAAGUUACUAUUUUCAGAUGCCCAGUUUGAGCGAUUAUCUGCGCUUGCUAUGUUGAACUAUUUCUGAGAGCAUAAAUCGCAAGCAGUUAGUAAAUACUCAUUGGCCCUAUACCCUUUGUAUGGUGAGGAAAAUUAUCAUCCUUUGUUUUUUUGUUUUAUUGCCAAUAUUGUAUACAUCAGUGGG